CAGGAGUCCUUGGUUGUCGGCCUGCUGUAGGUUACAAGCCCUGCGAGGGACACAGACAAAAUGCAGAGCUGGACGCAGUUAUACCGCUCUCUGGCCACGCGGAGCCACCACCUUCCCUGCAAACUGCAUGGCGCUGCAGCUCUGUCCGUCAGAACCUACGCUGACAAAGCAGCAAUUGAUGCAGACGUGACAGUGGUGGGCUCCGGUCCAGGCGGCUAUGUCGCUGCCAUCAAAGCUGCACAGCUCGGCUUCAAGACAGUGUGUGUUGAGAAAAAUGUCACGCUGGGUGGAACCUGUCUGAACGUCGGCUGCAUCCCCUCAAAGGCUCUGCUAAACAACUCCUACUUGUACCACAUGGCUCACGGCAAGGACUUUGAAAGCAGAGGCAUCGAGAUUUCAGGCAUCUCGUUGAACCUGGAGAAGAUGAUGGCUCAGAAGAGCGGAGCGGUCAAAGCGCUGACUGGAGGAAUCGCUCAUCUAUUCAAACAGAACAAAGUGACCCACGUCAACGGCUUCGGGAGGGUGACGGGUAAGAACCAGGUGACGGCCGUAGCGGCGGACGGCAGCGAGCAGGUCAUCAACACCAAGAACAUCCUCAUCGCCACCGGCUCCGAGGUCACGCCCUUCCCUGGGAUCCAGAUCGACGAGGAGAGCGUCGUGUCAUCAACAGGAGCUCUGUCCCUGAAGAAGGUUCCGGAGGAGCUGAUCGUGAUCGGAGCCGGAGUCAUCGGAGUGGAGCUGGGGUCAGUGUGGCACCGUCUGGGCUCUAAAGUCACAGCGGUGGAGUUCUUGGGCCAUGUGGGCGGCAUGGGCAUCGACAUGGAGAUGUCCAAGAACUUCCAGCGCAUCCUGCAGAAGCAGGGCCUCAAGUUCAAGCUCGGCACCAAAGUCAUGGGAGCCACCAAGAGGCCCGACGGCAAGAUCGAUGUGGCAGUGGAGGCGGCGGCCGGAGGGAAGAACGAGACUCUGACAUGUGACGUCCUGCUGGUCUGUAUCGGCAGACGACCUUACACCGAGAACCUGGGUCUGGAUUCUGUAGGCAUCGAGCUGGACAACAGGGGCCGCAUCCCCGUCAACAACCGCUUCCAGACCAAAGUACCCAGUAUUUAUGCCAUCGGCGACGUGGUCGCUGGGCCAAUGUUGGCCCACAAGGCCGAGGACGAGGGCAUCAUCUGCGUGGAGGGCAUGGCCGGCGGCGCCGUGCACAUCGACUACAACUGCGUUCCCUCCGUCAUCUACACACACCCCGAGGUGGCCUGGGUGGGCAAGACAGAGGAGCAGCUCAAAGAGGAGGGCGUCCCGUACAGAGUCGGCAAGUUCCCCUUCGCAGCCAACAGCCGAGCCAAGACCAACGCCGACACCGAUGGCAUGGUGAAGAUCCUCAGCCACAAGGAGACGGACAGGAUGCUGGGAGCUCACAUCGUGGGAACUGGGGCAGGAGAGAUGAUCAAUGAAGCCGCUUUGGCCAUGGAGUACGGUGCUUCCUGUGAGGACGUCGCCAGAGUCUGCCACGCCCAUCCUACGGUGUCGGAGGCCUUCCGAGAAGCAAACCUGGCCGCUUCCUUCGGCAAAGCCAUCAACUUCUGAUCUGCCGGCCGCUGUCGCACCUUCAGUGUACAUAACAGAGGAGAAACAGGAAGCUGUGUGUGUCUGCGUCAAAAUCUUCAUUCAACCCGCCCGGAUCCUCCGUGUACAUCCACGCUGUACCACAUUUAGUUCUAAUGUUAUUUAAAUGUUCUCAAUAAAAUGAUAAAGGUGGUUUGGGCGGUAAAUAAACACUGACUGCAGAUCAGUCUUUUUGCUUUCCAAACACAUAGUUUAAAGGAUCCCAGAAGAGCAUAUUAUUCACUCACAUACAGUACAUAGAGAGAUGAAUGUUAUUUUUCCUGGGUGACUGCAGCCUCUUUGGUAAAAGAAGGAGAAGGUGUCCUGUUUUUUGUAGAAUCAACAGGACGAACAUGACAUGUAACCAGAGCGGGAAACUGCAAGCGGUUCCACAGUUUCAGGUUUUAAAGGUUAAAUCUGCUCUUAAAGUUGCUCUUUGGGGGUCACAUACGUUGAGUUUCAUUGGUUCUUCAGUCAGUGACAUCACAGCAGGUGUGUCAGCCCUGGAUUAUCAAUAUAUUACGUGAGGAAAAAACCUCUGGCCAAGACAAAAUAACAAAAUAAAAAUUAAUCAUAUAUAUGUGGAAAGUUUUCAAGAAUUUCUUUCUAUAUUUUUGCCAAAACCUUAAAACAGGUUUCGGUCGUCAUGAAUGAGAUUAAAGUCAGAUCCAUUCACUGACGUGGUGAAAGGUGAGGAAGACCAGAAGACUGAGGAAGAAGUUUACGGUGAUCUUUAUUUCCCUUCUGUGGGAAUUCUGUUUUAAACUCAGCAUCGUCUUUGACAACUGAAGGCUUCGCUGUGGAGUUUUAGACCUGGAGUGGCACCGUGGAGCUGUUUGUCUUUGAGUGGGUUCCUGUUUUGGUUUUCUUGGACAUACAUGUGGGUGAUGUGAUGCAGUCCUAACGGUUUCAUGCUGAUCCACUGAUCAGACAUGCUGACGUGCAGCAGUGAGGAAGAAGCGCUGCAAACAUGGAUGUAAACAAUGCUGGAUUUAAAAUGCUUAAAAAGCUGCUUUGCAGUGUGUUAACGAGGAGGGAAAUCCGCUCCAUGUGCUGUUUUGGUGAGUUGUGAAAGCAUUGUGUGUGUUUGGAGGAAAACUCCACAGGGCCCCUUUAAGUGCAACACCUGUUGUGACAUCACUGAUUGUGCCUGACCAGGUGAGCAACAUGCUGCCAGGUUUAUGCCAGCAGAACAGAACAGAGCAGCAGCAGUUUCCUGUAGCUACAGUCUUGAUUCCCCCUUUAAAGACCAGUAUAAAUUCAGUUCUGGAGAAGAGCUGUUGAUAGUUGCCGGGAAACCGUUUCCUGCUCUGAUUACUUCGAUGUGAUUGGCUCCGGCCUGCUCUUGCUUAUCUCACCACUGAAACCAAUAAAUGCAGUAUCA